AUGAUCCUAUUGGUGAUAUCAUCUAUUAUAUGCUUACAAGCAUACGAGAUUGAUGUGAAUACCUUUUCAAACUACUUGGAUGUUCAGAAUAGACACCUUCAUUUGGAAUGGUUGUUGAACAUGGAUAAGAAAUACAUCAAUGCUACAUCUUCUUAUUCAUUUUAAGUUGUAGGUCGUUAAAUCAACAAAAUUUCCCUGGAUAUCUAUAAACUCAACAUCUAUUCUACAUACCUCAAAAAUGGAGUAUUACUUCCACAUACAAUUGACAGUCCAUAUGCUGACUCUGACCAAGGCCAACGCCUCAAUAUCCAACUGGACAGAACCUAUUACAGAGGAGAAUAUGUAGAAUUAUCAAUCAAAUACUCCAUCGAUUCCAAAUCCAGAGCCAUCAGCUUCAUGACUAAGGAAUAAACUUCCACCAAAACCAUGCCCUACCUAUUCUCACAAUGCGAGGAUGCGAACUGCAGAGCAUUGGCCCCAUUGUAGGACACUCCAGCCAUCAAAUAAACAUACACUGCUACCAUAAUAUACAAGGACACUGAGGCAAAAGAUGUGUUCAUGUCAGCCGAUGAAAGCAAGGAGCAAUUCAAAAUUCUGAAUAAACCAUAAGACGAAGCGACCUUCACUUGGAAAUAUAAAUAUUUUAUUCAAAAAGUCCCCAUUCCCAGUUACCUUAUCGCUAUUGUGGCAGGUAACAUUUAGAAGGUUCCAACAAGUACUGGAGGCAGAACAUUUUUGGUUAGUGAACCAGAUAAACUGGCUGCCUACACUGAAGAAUUAAAGGAAAUGGAAUAAUUCUUAUUAGCCAUUGAACAAUACAUUGGACCUUAUACUUGGGGCACUUACACUUUGGUCAUUCAACCCCCAUCCUUCCCCAUCGGUGGUAUGGAGAAUCCCCUAUUAACAUUCGCUAAUCCUUCCAUCAUGACAGGAACAGGUAGCGGUUUAGCAGUCACCAUUCAUGAAAUGGCUCACUCUUGGUUCGGUAACACAAUCACCUGUGUGAAUUGGGCAAAUAUGUGGAUCAAUGAAGGUUUCACAGUAUUUCUAGAGAGAAAAGCAUCCUUAAUACAUUAUAACAUCCCUGAUGAUAUUAAAUUAAAUGCUAUCAUUGGAAAUACAUCUAUGUAUUAAGACAUGCUUGGCUAUGGACUUGAGAGUAAUUUCUCUUCUUUGCAUCCUGAUACCACUGGACUUAAUCCAGAUGAUUCUUUCAGUGAGAUCCCUUAUGAAAAAGGAUAUCAAUUUUUAAAUUAUUUAGAAUCUAUUGUGGGAGAAUAGGACUUUAAAAUGAUGCUUCGAGCUUAUUUAGCACAAUAUAAAUAUUAAUCUAUUGAUCAAUAGGAGUUUUAGAACUUCUUAUUAAGAUACUUGCAAGAACAAGGUGUGGAUGAUUAUUCUACAAAGAGAUACAAGAUCUUAGAGAAUUGGAAUAGAUGGGUGUACUCUCCAGGAUUGCCACCAGUGUUUGUUGACUUUUCCACCAAUAAGCUUACUUAAGCCUUAGAUUAUUCGAACGCUUACAUCACAGCUGAUGGAAAACAACCCACAAAUUGGUAAGAUUAUAAAACCUUCUUGCAUUCAUAGAAGCAGAUUUUCUUAGAGGAUCUCUUUAAGAAGGCAGAGAACAAUUAGUUGAAAUUGACUGUUGUUGAAUAAAUCGAUAAAGAUCUAAAGUUAACUCAAGAAAACGAUUUCGAGUUGAAAUUCAGAUGGUUCAGAGCAAUCCUAACAGCAGGAGACAAGAAUAGAUUCAUGUAGAUUGCAGAUUUCCUUGGAGCAGUUGGCAGAGGCAAGAUGGUCUAUCCAGUUUACAGAGCUCUGAAUAAGUUGGAUCAUGAUUUUGCAGUCCAAACCUUCCGCUCACACGAGACAUUCUAUCAUCCAAUUGCCAGAAAUAACAUCAUCAACAUCCUUGGAUUAAAAGACUCAUUUAUAUAAUGA